UGUGAUGCGGAAAUUGGGAAAUAUGCAUCAGACGACCACCUGCUUCUAAACGGCCUGCAGACGAUACCGGCGUGCUCCGAAAAGACGUCUUCACAGCAGGAAGGACAUGGACGGACUGGGAAAGGUAAACUUGCUCUUAUUCAGAGUAUCGAUAUACUUUCUGAAAAUGCCUCAGCCAGCGUCGCUGCGCGCGCGGGCCGCGAGCGAGGCAAGGCCGCGGGCGCGGGCGCGGGCGCGCCGGGUCGGGUCGGGUCGUGUCGGGUCGCGUCGGGUCGGGUGGGGUCGGGUCGGCGUCGCAGCUUCCCGCAAGGUCCUCGAGGGCGCCCAGGUGGCAGGCUGGCGGGCCACCGCCUCCGCCUCCGCCCACCACCCGCCCGCCGAAGAAGAGGCGUGUUCGUGUGGCGGUCGCUAGGCGGAGCCACCGCGGGCGCGCCGCCGCCGACACCGCCGCCGCCGCCGCCGCCGCCGCCUCCCGCCAGUCUCGCUCCGGCCGUCGUUGGGAGCAGUCACGUCGCCCAGUGUCCCGCCUCGCCUCGCCUCGCGCCGCCUCGCGUCGCCUCCGUCGCAGAGUGCUGCCGUCCCCGAGGUGAAGGUGCCGACCCCUGCCAUCGCCGCCACCGUCCCCACGUGGCCCGCGCGGCAUGUCCCGGCGCGCGCUCGCCCACGCCCACGCCACACCGCCCACGCCGCUCCCGCGCAGCCACAUGGACGCCAGCAGAAAAUACGGAGUUUGACUUGUUAGAGUGUAGAGUGAUGGGAAUGUAG